GGACAGGGAGCCUGCCAGAGUCGUGAUGCUGCCAGAGGAGUAACACCAUGCUGGGCUUUACUGGAUGAGGAGAGGCUGGAUGUGUAUUUUGGAUUUAAAGUAUCUCUUGAGGUCUAAUCCCAAGUGGCAGUCAAGACCCAAGUCAACCCCACAGGACCUCAUCCUGACAAAAAAGCAAGAAUCUAAGUCUUCUUGGUAUUGUUCUCAGGAGAUAUGUGCAGAUGUCAGUGGCUGCAAGGUGCUAUUAAAGGCUCUGGUGUUUCCAGGAGUGGCUAGAGGCUGUGCUGACGGUUGUGUAGCAUCAAGGAAUAGAGACACCAUGGCUGCCUCCAAGUUGCUUCUGGUUCUGCUUUCUAUGGCCCUGCUGGCCCUGACCUCAGCUCAGACGGCCAAAGAAGAUGAUGAAAAUUCUCUUCAAGGGCAACAAUCCCAUGAAGAUGGAGACUCCAGUGAAUCAGGUGAAUUAGUUAGUUAUUUCCGUGCAGGAAUACAGGAAAUGAAGAACCAAGUUAAAGAACAAAUAAGUCAGCAUGGCAAGAAGGCUGAGAACUUCCUCAAAGGGAAUGAGAAGCGCAGCAAAGGGAAAGGCCGAGGUGGUAAUCGAGGCUCUGAUGGUGAAAGCUUGAGAGGUCAGGAUCGUCAGAGUGGAAAUCAACAAGGAAGAGGGGGCCAAGGAGGCCAGGGCCGAGGUGGCCAGAGAGGCGAGAAAGGCCAGAGUGCAAAAGGUGGCCAGAAAGUACAACGUGGAAAAGGUGGCAAGAAAAACCAGCAGGUGAAUGUCGGUGAAUUUUCAGAAGAGUAAACAACUGGCCCUUUCUUCCCCCAAGUUCAGAGCAUCAAUAAAAUUAUCAGCAUGAA